CAGGCCAUCGAGAGCCAGAUCCUGGCCAGCCUGCAGGGCUGUGAGAGCAGCAAGAACAAGGCACGGCUGGGCAGCCAGGGAGAUGCGCAGGCCAUGCAGGCAGUGCGCACUGCGCGGGGUAACAGCUUCUGCGUGGACUGCGAUGCGCCCAAUCCUGACUGGGCGAGCCUGAACCUGGGUGCCCUGAUGUGCAUCGAGUGCUCUGGGAUCCACCGCAACCUGGGCACGCACCUCUCCCGCGUGCGCUCGCUGGACUUGGACGACUGGCCCGGCGAGCUGCUCACCCUCAUGGCCGCCAUCGGCAACGCGUUGGCCAACGCCGUCUGGGAGGGUGCUGUGGAGGGGUACCCCAAACCCACCCCAGAGAGCAGCCGGUAAGGGGAUGGGCUCUGCAGGGACAGCGCUCACAGCCACACCGCGACGUCCAGUGGGGAGGUUGGGAGCCAUCAGCAGAGGAUGGGCAGAGAGCCGCAGCUGUGCCAGGGUCUGCCUGCUCUAGGGAUGUCACAGCAUCACAGAAUCAUAGAAUCAUGGAGUGAUUUGGGUUGGAAGGGACCUUCAAGGUCAUCUAGUCCCAACCCCCUGCUAUAGGCAGGGACACCUCCUGCUAGACCAGAUUGCUUGAAGCUCCAUCUGUCCUGGCCUUGACUGCCUCCAGGGAGGGGCAUCCACAACCUCACUGGGCAACCUGUGCCAGUCUCUCACCACCCUCACAGUACUGAAUUUCUCCUAAUAUCUAGUCUAAAUCUACCCUCUUCCAGUUUAGGACAUUUCCCCUGGUCCCGCCACUACCUGCCCAUAUAAAAUGUCCCUUUCCUGUAGGUCCUUGCAGGUACUGCAGGGCUGCUGUAAGGUCUCCUCGGAGUCUUCUCUUCUCCAGGCUGAAGAGACCCAGCUCUUUUAGCCUGU